CAAAUGUCCGCCCCGAGAAGUCACCGCGAGCUGGAGCCGCGUCUCUGCGUGACCUUCAGGAAGAUUAGGGCCCGUAGGGAACAAGCCCACACACGGCCAAGCAUUUUCUCGUCUCGUGCGUGAGGCUUGGGAGCGGCUUCACGGCCUCUCCCACCGCCUGCAGGGGACUCUCGGGUGCUACUCAGUGGCGUUAGGAACCCUGGAGCUGGGCGACUGGGUCCGCCCGAGCCCUUUCGCGGCUGCGCCGACCCCGGAAGCCGGGCGUGCGAGGGAGCUCUCCGCGAGUCACGCACGUCCGGCAGCCGAGCCCGGGCCUCUUCUGCAGGCUGGCGGGCGGGCCGGGUGACCCCACAGGCAGGUGGAGCGGAGUGGGUCCCUCAAGGCUCAACGGCUCUGCUGCUUCUCCUCCCCUCUGCCAGGGCGGCAGCACGUCUGAAGACCAGAGCCUGUGACCCCCACCUCCGCCCAGCCUGGGCCAGCGACCAUCUUGGCAGCUGACAUCACAAGGAAGACUUGGGGACUCGGGAGUGCCCGGGGGAGCGUCCCCCGGCAACAUGGAGCGUUGGGGUGGAAUGCUGCGGGUCCUCCUGUCCGGCCCGGGGUGGAGGGGAGGAACCGGGAGCCGGGCCUUCAGCUCCUGGCGGCGCCAUCUGCCUCAGGCUGGGUUGAGUGCCACAGAGCUGGUCAACGAGUGGACAGCGGUCUUUGAGAAGGAGGGCGUCCCCGAGGCCCGGGAAUCCAGUGAGUACAUCGUGGCCCAUGUCCUCGGAGCCAAAACAUUUCAGAGCCUGAGGCCGGCACUGCGGAGGCAGCCCCUGACCCCUGCGCAACUCCGGUGCAUCCGGGAACUGAGCGGCCACCGACUGCGAAGGCUCUGGCACAGACACCCACCCAGCUACCCCCUCGGCAGGAUGCCUGUACAGUACAUCCUCGGUGAGUGGGACUUUCAGGGGCUCAGUCUGAAGAUGGCGCCCCCGGUGUUCAUCCCUCGGCCAGAAACGGAGGAGCUGGUGGAGUGGGUGCUGGAGGAGGUGGCCCCGAGGCCCCGUGCGGCGGAACCCCAAGGGGGCCCCCUCAUCCUGGAGGUGGGCUGUGGAUCGGGAGCCAUCUCCCUCAGCUUGCUGAGCCACCUCCCCCAGAGCAGAGCCAUCGCCGUGGAUAAGGGGGCCGCUGCCGUCUGCCUGACCCGGGAGAACGCUCAGAGGCUUCGUUUGCAGGACCGGAUUCACAUCGUCCCCCUCGACGUGACCUCAGAGGGGAGCUGGGCGCACCUUCUGCCCUGGGGCCCCCUGGACCUGAUCGUCAGCAACCCUCCCUAUGUCUUCCGCCAGGACAUGGAGCAGCUGGCCCCUGAGAUCCGCAGCUACGAAGACCCAGCCGCCCUGGACGGCGGGGAGAAGGGCAUGGACAUCAUCGAGCGCAUCCUGGCCCUGGCCCCACGGCUCCUGAAGGACUCCGGAAGCAUCUUCCUAGAAGUGGACCCGAGGCACCCGGAGCUCGUCGGCGGCUGGCUUCAGAGCCGGCCCGACCUGUCCCUCCAGCUCGUGGCCGUGCGCAGGGACUUCUGUGGGAGGCCCCGGUUCCUGCACGUCCGGAGGUCUGGCGCCCCGGACGGCCGCCCUGUGGACGUCCAGCCAGGGCCUCUGCCUGCCGGAGCGCCUGGAUGACACCUCUUCCCAGAAUGCUCCUUGGAGAGAGGGGGGCGGGGCCCUGCAGAGCUCGGGACACUCGGGGCAUUUCCCGAGACUCUGGGAUUCCCCGUGCUCUGCGUUUCUAGGAGGCUCGGGGGAAGGAGGCAGCGCAGGGGCGCCAUCCCUCCUGCGGCAGCAAACGGCAGGGCCGUCCACAGCCCCGGGGUUCCCAGCCUGGCUCCGUCACGCCCGCGUGGCCAGCGCAGGCUGCUGGGCAUCUCUGUGGGUGGAACGGCCCUGGGGACGGGG